CUUGAAGUGGUAGAGCAGAGGAAGCACAGGGCUAUGUAACACAUCUCAGGCUGCUCUGCAUAACUCAGCAUCUACCAGGGUGACCCUCUUAGCCUUUACUACAGAUCUCUCUCUCUUUCACCCGCUGUUCCUUUCAUUAACUCUUAGCACCUUGUUACCUCCAUGCAUGCCCCUUUCAUUAGAUUCUCAUCAUUCCUUUAUUUCACCCCUUUUUAGGAAUUUUUUCCCCCUUUUCUGCAGCUCAUAUUCGCCCGUGCCUCUGCCUGCACUACAGCAGAGACAUUUGCAGGCAGAUAUCAAAGAAAAAGCGGGUUUUCCGUGACAGUUUGCGGGAUAACAGAAUUGUACCCCUAUUGGAUGUGCCCAGCCUUUAUACUACCCCGGAUAAUACCCGGUGCUGGAACAGAAGACUGAAAAGCAAGAGGAGUACCUGUCUUCUAACUGUAAGUUCACAAGGCUAUGUUUUACCUUCGGGAGAUGCCUCAUCUGUUCCUUCUUGUUUCAUUUUUUCCCAUGCUCCCUCACUCCACAUCAUCUCCUUUCUCUGGGCAGCAGCAGCAACACUCCAUUCCAGACCCCUGCUAUGAUGAGCAUGGCCUUCCCCGACGCUGUGUGCCAGAAUUUGUCAAUGCAGCAUUUAACAAAGAAGUCCAAGCCUCCAGUACCUGUGGGCGUCUGGCAACUCGCCACUGUGAUACUACAGAUCCUCGGAAGUCGUACCCAGCCUCUUACCUCACUGACCUUAACACUGCUGGCAACAUGACCUGCUGGAGAUCAGAGACCUUCCCUCGCCACUCUUCACAGAAUGUUAGUCUUACCCUCUCGUUGGGAAAGAAAUUUGAGGUGACCUAUGUCAGCCUUCAGUUCUGCUCUCCCCGUCCAGAAUCUGUGGCCAUCUUCAAGUCCAUGGAUUAUGGAAAGAGCUGGGUCCCUUAUCAGUAUUACUCAUCACAGUGUCGUAAAGUGUAUGGCAAACCUAGCCGUGCAAGUGUUACCAAACAAAAUGAGCAAGAGGCUUUGUGCACAGAUGGACAAACAGAACUUUAUCCUCUCACUGGUGGACUAAUAGCCUUCAGUACAUUAGAUGGACGACCUUCUGCCCAGGACCUUGACAACAGCCCUGUUUUGCAGGACUGGCUGACUGCCACAGAUAUCCGUGUCUUCUUUAGCCGCCCUCACCUUCUAGGAAAUAAGGAAUCUGAGGCAAGUGAUGAAGGCCCAGGUUUCUACUACUCAGUAGGAGAGUUCCAAGUUGGGGGCAGGUGCAAAUGCAAUGGGCAUGCUUCCCGCUGUGGCAAGGAUAAGGAGGCUCGCUUGAUCUGUGAUUGUAAACACAACACAGAGGGCCCAGAAUGUGACCGGUGUAAACCCUUUCAUUAUGAUCGUCCAUGGCAGAGAGCCACUGCACGUGAGGCCAAUGAAUGUAUGGCCUGCACCUGUAACCUGCACGCCCGGCGCUGUCGCUUUAACAUGGAACUCUACAAGCUCUCCGGGAGGAAAAGUGGAGGCGUCUGCUUGAACUGUCGCCAUAACACGGCUGGACGGCACUGCCAUUACUGCAAAGAGGGCUUCUACAGGGAUGUUAGCCGGGCCAUCACUGACCGCAGGGCUUGCAAAGCUUGUGACUGCCAUCCUGUGGGAGCAGCGGGUAAGACCUGCAACCAGACCACUGGUCAAUGCCCUUGUAAAGAUGGAGUAACCGGCCUUACGUGCAAUCGAUGUGCCAAGGGAUACCAGCAGAGCCGUUCUCCUAUUGCUCCCUGUAUCAAAAUCCCAGCCGUGGUCCCUACCCCUGCUCUCACUAGCACAGAGGAGCCAGCUGAUUGUGAGCAGUACUGCAAGCCGCCCAAGGGAAACUACAAGAUCAACUUGAAGAAAUACUGCAAAAAAGAUUUUGUGGUUCAGGUGAACGUGCUGGAGAUGGAGAUGGUUGGAUCAUGGGCGAAGUUCACGGUCAACAUAUUGUCCGUGUACAAGUGCCGAGAUGACAGAAUAAAACGUGGGGACAACUUCCUAUGGAUACACAUCAAAGACCUGUCCUGCAAGUGUCCCAAAAUCUUGCUGAGCCGCCGGUACCUUGUGAUGGGCAGCAGCGAAGGGCCCAGCGAGAGGCCGGGACUCACGGCUGACAAGAACAGCAUGGUUAUCCAGUGGAGAGAUGCUUGGACCCGGCGGCUUAGGAAACUCCAACGCAGGGAAAAGAAAGGCAAAUGUCUCAAACCCUGAAAAACAUCUGAUGUUGAAGACAUUGGGAACCCUGUAUAUAAAAGUCUUUGCUCUUGGGAUUGUAGACAUUCUGAUACCACCCAAUUUUUAGAGGUGUUAUAAUAACAGUGGUGCUGAGCAGCCCAUACGAGAUCCACACAUGUGGAAUGAGGCUUCUUCUCGAUGGAUUAUGACUCCUGUAGCCUCACCCAUCUAUAGUGAGAUCAUUGCCUACUCUCUACCCAUUGCGGAACCACUCCAGAUACUGCAUCCCUACCUUGCCUUGCUGAACGAGAGCAGCUCCCGCGGCAUGCAACAACAGCUUGCAAGCUUCUUGGGUCGGAAUUCUGUUUUUCUGGAGUCACCAAGGCCACGGUGCUAUAUUCUUAGGCACUGAUAAAAGAAACUUGCAAGACUUGGCCGCCUUCUGCUCUCCUGAUAAACAUUUAUUGGAAAUUUUACAUGAAAUGUAAACAGAGGAUAAGGGGAAGGGCCAAACUUUAGCCGUGUUCUCUCAGACAAUGAUUUUUGCCAGAAGAUCUCCUUCAGAACUCUGUUCUGCCUUAAAGGGCAAUAUUUACAUGACUGUACUGGCAAAUUCCUAGUAAAACAGCACAGAAAAGAAUAUGACAUAGCUUUACGCAUAAGGCUAUUAACGUCCUUUUAACCUGGAGCUGUUUUUGGAUGAGCUCAAUACAAAAGCUAUUCCUGUGUUAUUCUAUCUUAAAAUUGGAUCCGGACACUCAAUGCCCCAAAUCUUCUGUUCUUAUGUGACUACACACAGACUGGAAUGGGCAUCCAAUAGGAACAUCACAUUGGGUUGUGCCGGCCCUACGGCCCAUCGAUACGCUUUGUUUUCCCUACUUAGACCUGCAGAGUACUGUGUAGUAAUCUGAAUCUCUGCCAAAGAACACAGCAUUUGGGGACUCUUUCCCCGGAGCUAUGAAUAAAAGGACCAUAGAAGGGAAAACUGUAAAUGUGUUCAGAUAUGCAAAAUAGUGUGAGAUUGUACUUUUAUCCUUGUGUUUUACCUACGUCGGUAAAGACUGCCCUCAGCGGUGGGGCUCUGUAGCGCAAGUUUAGGCCUCUGACGGAGAGACUAACAUUAUUUGUGGUUUGUGUAGUAAUUCAUGUAUUUUUAUGAGUAGCCUUGGAACAUGGAAGGGCUGUAUGUCUGGUUUGUACAAUAUCUAUACUUAUCCCCUCUUCAGCUUCCUAUCACUAUCCCCUCUUUCCCUGAAAUAAACACACAGGUCCAGAAUGAGACGACGGUCGCUCGAUGGAGCAUUAGUAUCAUCUCUAGGUCCCUACUCAUGAUACUGGCUCAUACCACAGAGCAUUUGAAUACUAAAAAGAGAAAAAAUUCAGUUUUCACCCCUGCUCCACCCCUCCAUGUCACACCCAGACACACCCACAAUCCACCGGGACACCUGUCACAUUCCAGGAAGGUGCCUUUUUGGAGGCUGCACCUCCUAAAUCAGCAGCACUGGCAUACACACAUGGGGCAACCAUGGGCUACAUUCAAUGGGCUGGCAGGACAGGUUCUUAUUGGGACCCCUCUCUUUGCGGGCCCCCUGUUGUGCUGCCAGCCCCUAGUUACACAACCAGCUGUUUAAGAUGUUCUAAUUGUAUCAGCACUGUGAGAGACAUUUGCCCAAUCACAACUCUGUGUGCUGUAUCCCAUACCUCCUAACAUUUAUGCCACACCCUCAGUCCCCUAAAAUACUACUGGUCCUGUCCAUUUGGAGGUGCAGAAUUCAGGACUGUCCCACCAAAAUCCUGCUGUUAUUUAAUAAAGAGCCAGGAGUCUGGUAGUUUAACUGCAGAUGGAGGCUGGGCCUGCUCAUUCCCCAUGAAAGCAUAAAGGGGGCACAGCCAUUUAGAAGCAUUGCAUAACGUGUGUCUUCUUUUCAUUAAUCCCAAAGUUUUGGGAGCCGGCAGGAAUGAUUCUGGCAGUGGCCAACAUUGCAAUGAAUUCAUAUUGUGCUGUGAUCUCAACAGAUACAUCAAGUUAAAAAUUGUUUCUCAUUAAAACCUCUCCCUUUUUCAUUUCCAGGCACUGGAAAAUGUUAUUAUUAUUUUUUUUGUUUGUUAUUGCUUUGCUUGGCUGUAUAGGGGCAGCCAGGGUGAGGCAGAAACAAGCAGCCUGACGCUCUCCAGCUGUGUUUAAACCACAGCUCCCAGCAUCCCCUGACAGGCAGGUACUUGGAGGCGUUAGAUACAAACAUUUGGUUCUAUUCCCCAAUUAUUAAGAAAUAUUUGCUUUAUAUUACCAUGGUACAUGGACCAGGACCCCCUUUGCCUCUCACAGAAGUCACCAGCACGGCUGUGUGUAUUGUUACACUGCUACUAGAUUCUAUUGGCCAACACUCCCUGGGGCAAGUCCCCGACAGGGCCAACACUCCCUUGGGCAAGUCCCCGACAGGGCCCCAUUUUACUCCUGGGACACCCAGUAGGCACAGAGCCUGCUCCCGCCUUAGAACAAAAAUGCACAUUUGGUUUCUAUGCCCUUGGUCUCAGUAUUGACCCUGGUUCCAAAUAGCAGACAUUUAUGGGGGAGAUCCUGUACAAGCUGUUGUUUCUCCUCAUCUCCCUCAGUGCCUUAGUGGGUUUUCUCCUGCAUCUAUGCACAUUCAAUAGACCAAGUGUGUUGUAUCCGUUGUUUCUUCUACAACAUCUGGAGGACUGCCAGGUUCCCACCACUACUCUAGGCCAUGCCACUGGCCGACUUUGCCCCCCACUUUCAAUGGAGUUAUUCCCUGUGUUUACACUGUCCUUCUCUCCCUUCCUCCUUGUGGCGAUGGAGCAGGCUCCCGCCUUGUAAACACCUUUCCAACAUGGAAACACAUUCAAUAAAAAGAUUUAUCUGACCUUGUAA